AUGACAUCACUGCAGCUCAGUGAAAGUGAAACUGAUUUAAACAGGAAGACUUUAAACGUUUUCUCUCUUUAAAAAGACGGAAUAUUUAUUCAUAUAUAUUCAAUAUACGUGGUAAAAUUAAGAGUUCACAACUGAUACUCACUCACAGGUCUGGACAGUGCAGAAAUGAAGAGGCAGGGUUCAGGAUUAAAGAGAGGAAGAGCAAUGGCAGAAUCUUCAACACCACCAAAACAAAGAUCAACCUGGAGAAACAUUUUGAUUGAACCUCCAUUCACGUCGUCCUCCAGUAGUGCACUAAAGGAGGAGCUUCAGUGUUCAAUCUGUCUGAAUGUGUUCACUGAUCCGGUCACAACUCCAUGUGGACACAACUUCUGCAAGACCUGCCUGAAUGAAUGCUGGAAAAACACUCAGAACUGCAACUGUCCGUUAUGUAAAGAAACAUUCAGAAAAAGACCCAAUCUGAAGAUUAAUACAACACUCAGAGAGGUUGUGCGACUCUUUAAGGAAAAGCAAAAGUUGAAUCUGGGUAAAUCUGAAGUUCUCUGUGACAUCUGUGAUGAAAGAAAGCAGAAAGCCGUGAAGUCUUGUCUGACGUGUCAAAGCUCUUACUGUGAAACUCACCUGGAGCCUCAUCGGAGAGUUCCACGUCUAAAGAAACACAAACUGAUGAACGCUGUGGAGAACCUGGAGGAUUAUAUAUGCCAGAAACACGAGAGACCUCUGGAGCUGUUCUGCAAAGAUGAUCAGAUGUGUGUGUGUUUGUUCUGCACUGAAGGAGACCACAAGACUCACAACACUGUUCCUAUAGAGGAGAAUCAGCUGGUAAAGACACAGACAGACGUGCUGCAGAUGAUCCAGGACAGAAUGAAGAAGAUUCAAGACAUCCAACACUCUGUAGAGAUGAGAAAUAGAAACACAGAAGAAGAGAAGUCAUCCAGUGUUGAGAUGUUCACGGCUCUGAUCCGCUCCAUUGAGAGAUGUCAGACUGAAGUUGUUGAGACGUUGGAGGAGAAGCAGAAAGCAGCAGAGAAACAGGCUGAAGAUCUCAUUAAAGAGCUGGAGCAGGAGAUCACUGAGCUAAAGAGGAGAAACUCUGAGCUGGAGCAGAUCUCAUACACUGAAGAUCAUCUUGAUCUCCUACAGAUUUACUCGUCCUUGUACAGGCCUAAAAACACUAAGAACUGGACUGAGAUCAGUAUUGACACUCACGUGAAUGUGGACACUCUGAAUACAGCUCUGACUCGACUCAAGAACACUCUAGAUGAGACUCUAGAUCAAAAACAUGGUCAAAAUGUAUUGAGGAGGAUGCAGCAGUAUGCAGUGGAUGUGACUCUGGAUCCUGAUACAGCUCAUCCUAAACUCAUCCUGUCUGAUGAUGGGAAACAAGUGACACAUGGAGACAUUUGGCAAAAACUUCCAGAUAAACCAGAGAGAUUUGAACUAUAUGCACAUGUUCUGGGAAAGAAGGGAUUCAGCUCAGGCAGAUUUUAUUUUGAGGUGCAGGUGAAGGGAAAGAGUGAGUGGUAUUUAGGUGUGGUCAGAGAAUCCAUUAACAGGAAGGGACCGAUCACACUGGCUCCACUGAAUGGAUUCUGGACUGUGAGGUUGAAGAAUGAGAAUGAAUAUGAAGCCUGUGAUGAUACUCUGGUCUCUCUGUGUUUGAGAGUGAAGCCACAGAAGGUUGGUGUGUUUGUGGAUUAUGAGGAGGGUCUGGUCUCCUUUUAUGAUGUGGAGUCCAGCUCUCAUAUCUACUCUUUCACUGGUCAGUCUUUCACUCAAACACUCUUUCCAUUUUUCAGUCCAUGUAAUAAUGAUGAAGGUAAAAACUCAACUCCACUGAUCAUAACACCCGUCAGUUAUACUGAAUGAAUUUACACCCCCAAAAUAUGAAAGACUACAUGAACAUAUGUGUUUUGGAAGAAAAUAUGAGUUGUUCUUGCUAGUGAGAUCUGGGUUGUUGCUAGGCAGUUGCUAUGGUGUUCUGUGUACUUUGUCAUAUUUAUUUGUAUAUACAUUUUCACAACACACAGUUUCAAAGCAGCUUUACAGGAAAUAAUGCAUAAAAAAACCCUAAUAUAAAGCCUUACAGUGAUCAUUGUGGAGUUUGAUUAAAUAUUGUUGUAAAUUGUGUAUAUAAAUGAAAUAAUAAUUGUAUUUGUGUGAGCAAGCCGAAAGCGACUGUGUCAAGGAACACAAAACUUCGGGUCCAAUCCUGAACAUUC